CCGAUGUUUCCCGUUCUGCCUCUAUGGUUACUUUUGUUAUAUUACUCGCUGCGUGAAGACUAGGCGCGAUGUCCUCUUAUCUGCCAGUUCCCACGACUGUGGAAUUCCCAGGCGCUGAACUUCGGGACUCCCUGUCCAUAAAUUCUGAAUCCCAGUUGAUGAUCGAUGAAGGCCCUAGGCAUUCCGAAUCCACUUCACAGCAGUACGAGCUUCGAAAUAUACCGGCUUCAAGGCAAAGCAUGCAUGCCAUCAAUAGAAAACCGGUGCCAACCUCUUCGGCUCCAUGGCAUUCGCCUUUGCCUGAGUGUGUAAACCUGCGCAACAGCCCUUUAAGAGAGGAUUGCCGUGGACCUACCAGUGUCAGCGACAUAAUAAACGCACAAGAACACGAGACUGGCGACAGCUACAGGAACGACGUUUCUCUGGGUGCCCAGGCAGACACACGGCCGUUCCUACAAGCUGAGGGUCAAGCACACCAGGAAGACGCCAUCUCCGAGCAAACUUGUCAUUCUUCCUCUCUGAGACUUGGCAAUUCAGACAGAACCAUUGGCGGCCCAACUCCACACCAGAAAUCCUCCUUCAUACACCGUCUCUGGCUAUGGGAGGUCGCCGCCUCGGCCUUUAGCCUCGCCUGCAUGGCAUCCAUCAUUGGAGUCCUGUCCUACGAGCAGGGCCGGCGACUUGACCAGUGGGGUCUGGGCAAAGGAUUCUUCUCCCCCACCGUCGUGGUAUCCUUCCUUGGAACUCUGGCAAAGUCGGCCUGUCUUCUUGUCCUCACCGAGAUCAUAUCGCAACUGAAAUGGCUACAUUUUCAGCACAAACCACAGACACUGAGCGACCUACAACUAUUCGACAACGCCUCUCGGGGUCCUUGGGGAGCGUUUCAGCUGGUUUCCAGGAGGAACAGAAAGACCAUAAUCGCCUCGUUUGCUUCCAUCUUGGUGAUCGCCUCCUUACUGGUGGACCCGUUCAUCCAGUCAGUCUUUCGCUUGCCAGUCCUUCUGAGUGAAGUAGAAGGCGUCAGCCCAGGCAUCCUGGAGACCCGAGUCUAUGAUCCAGCGCUCCUGAAUGCGAGGUUCGGGCAAUGCUACGGCGCCGCGAGUGUCGAAUCCGAGAUGCAAGCAGCAAUACUGGCACCCAUAUGGAAUGCGACUCGAGCUCCAUCGCUGCCUUGCAGCUUCGAACGUUGUGACUGGCCAACAAUAACCACACUGGGCGUUUGUAGUAGCUGUGAGGAUCUUACAGACACCGUGGUCCCAACGUGCAUCGUCCAUCCUCCUACCGAGAUUUGGAGGUUGAUUGACUGCAACUACACCGUACCAUCCCGCGGCGCUACCUUCAAUGCGGUAUUUGGCGCCACAGGAGGGGCUUCGGUCAGAGUCCCUUACUCGACCCUGUGGAACUCACUGGCCGGUGAGGACUGGUUCACUAAUCUACGAAAUGCGUAUAAUUUUCAGAAAGAUCCCACCUUUACGCAAUCAGGACCGGCCGUGAUUAGUGACUUCACCUUUGUGAAGUUCCCUCCUAAUAUAAUUGCUUACGAAUAUGUCACUGGCCAGAAUGGCUUGCGGACAAUCCCUCCAGUCUCACAGGCAAUGCACUGUACUCUAGAGCUCUGUGCUCGAACAUUCACGACACCUUUCUACGCCAACUUCAGUGCAGCGCCGCUAGCCGGGCCUCGGACGGCUCUGGUGACUACCACAGAUGGUACUACACAGGGUAGUGCCGCUCGUGUAUUCAUUGGGUUGAAGCCGGCCAGUCCAGGCCAAGUAUCCGAGGAUGUCAAGUUUAGGAUCAACUACUGCAACUACAAAGACAUCGCCAGAUACCUCCAAGACCUGUUCACAACAUCCAUGAGCACCACCGGUGUGGUCGGAACCACAAACGACAGCUCUACAGCUGGGGCUAGCCAGCUUCGCCAGCGUAUCACGCCGGGACUAGGUCUGGCCUUCAGCCAGUCCGACAGCAUUGCCGAUCUCAUGGACGAGGUUGCAGAUAGCAUGACCGAGGCAUUCCGCACAUCGGCCAACAACACUGUUCUAAACGGGGUGGCGAUGAGCAGCGUAACGUACAUCGAGAUCAUCUGGCCGCGACUGAUCCUACCAAUCUCGUUGAUUCUCUUGACGUUUGUGAUACUCAUCGUCAUGAUCAUCCGCAAUAAUCAACGCGGGAUGCCCAUAUGGAAGAGCUCCAGUUUGGCGCUGCUGUUCCAUGAGCUUUCCGGCUGGAGCGAUUCUAAAUCUGCAGUGGUGGCGGCAGGUCCUGAGGAAGUGGAGGAGCGGGCGAGAAGCAUGCGCACGAAGAUCACGAAUGAUGAUGGAAGGUUGUUGUUCUCCAAGGCAGAGUGAAGUUUUGGGUAAUAGAAACGCUUGACGAAGCAAAUGCUCCCGCCCUUCGAUCCAUCUACGUCUGUCAUCUUUUCAAUCCCUUGACAUUGCUGUUUGAAAUGUUGUCCAACCGAAGUGUUUCUUGAUAAAGGUCUGGAGUCCGAUGGGGUGUACAUAAUCAGUACCAGUGGCGCAAGGGUCAUCAACAACUUCGUUCACCAACGUUUUUCGUAUGCAUGAACUGAAAUCAGAGGUUGAAGGUCCUCGCCAUAAGUUGUUUCCAAUCUCACCUUAACCAGAGAUGUUUGCCGUACGAAUCAUACCAAG